UGCGCAUUCAGUCAGUCGCGGACAAACGCUCCCAUGGCUUCUGUGUAAUGUAUACCCGCCGCUGAGAGAGAGAGAGAGAGAGAGAGAGAGAGAGAAGCAGAAUAAGAAAGAUAAGAAUUUCAGAUACGCUGGGAUAAUAGGAGGCAGUUUUCUACACACUGGAGAGUAGUCUUCUGAAAGAAAUAAAGUUGUUCUUCACCCGUGCAUGUUAAAUCGGGGAGUACAUUAGAGCCGUGAGGCGGCUACAACUUCUGAGUCUCAAAGCAACACCAACAAGAAGGCAUGAUUGUGCGACGGAGUUCAGUAUUUUCUGCUUUUUACCUUCAUGCCUUUUUGUUAUGCUUGCCGACGAAGGUGUCUGACGCAUCGGGGCACUUCGAGCUGGAAAUCGUAUCGAUGCAGAAUGCGAACGGCGAGCUGCAGAACGGCUUGUGCUGCGACGGCGAGAGGAACCCGGCGGAUCGCAAAUGCACGCGGGACGAAUGUGAUACAUAUUUUAAAGUUUGUCUGAAGGAAUAUCAAUCGCGAGUUUCCGCGGCUGGGGCUUGCAGUUUCGGAACUGGAUCUACGGCCGUUCUCGGUGGGAAUAAAUUUUCGACCAAGGGAACGCGGAGUGGAAAGUCAAGGAUUGUUUUACCCUUCAGUUUUGCGUGGCCGAGGUCCUACACGUUGAUAGUGGAGGCCUUGGACUUCAAUAACGAGACCACCAGUGAAAGUGGAAAGCUCAUCGAGAAAGCGUACCACUCUGGCAUGAUCAACCCAAAUCGACAGUGGCAGAGGCUGACCCACAACGGCCCCAUCGCCCAGUUUGAGUAUCAGAUCCGGGUCACCUGCGAUGAACACUACUACGGCUUUGGCUGCAACAAGUUCUGCCGGCCACGUGACGAAUUCUUUGGACAUUACACCUGUGAUCAGAAUGGCAAUAAGACCUGCCUGGAAGGAUGGACGGCUCCUGACUGCAAUACGGCGAUCUGCAGACAAGGUUGCAGCACCGAACAUGGAUCUUGUAAGCAACCAGGUGGCUGCAAGUGUCUGUAUGGCUGGCAGGGUCCGUACUGUGAUAAGUGCAUCCCUCACCCGGGCUGUGUACACGGAACCUGCGUUGAACCCUGGCAGUGCCUCUGUGACACUAACUGGGGUGGACAACUCUGUGACAAAGAUUUAAACUACUGUGGAACUCACCAGCCAUGUCUGAAUGGAGGAACGUGCAGCAAUACAGGGCCUGACAAGUACCAGUGCUCUUGUGAAGACGGCUACUCUGGGGUCAACUGUGAACGAGCUGAGCACGCCUGUCUGUCCAACCCUUGUGCGAAUGGAGGGACGUGCAAGGAGACCAGUCAGGGUUACGAGUGUCACUGUGCAGCCGGCUGGAGCGGCCCAUCGUGCAAAAUCAAUGUGGACGAUUGUACAUCCAACCCAUGCAAACACGGAGGUACCUGUCAGGAUUUGGUUAAUGGCUUCAAAUGUACCUGCCCUCCUCACUGGACCGGCAAAAUGUGUCUGAUUGAUGCCAAUGAAUGUGAGGACAAGCCAUGUGUGAAUGCCAAGUCAUGCCACAAUCUGAUUGGUGGAUAUUUCUGCGAGUGUCUCACUGGCUGGAUGGGUCAGAAUUGUGAUACAAACAUAAAUGACUGCCAGGGUCAAUGUCUGAAUGGAGGAACUUGCAAGGAUUUGGUGAAUGGUUACCGCUGUCUUUGCCCUCCUGGCUAUUCGGGUGAACACUGUGAGAAGGACGUGGACGAGUGUGCUAGCAGUCCCUGCCUGAACGGUGGUCAGUGUCAGGAUGAAGUCAAUGGAUUUCAGUGUCUGUGUCCUGCCGGCUUCUCGGGACAGCUGUGUCAGCUGGAUAUCGAUUACUGCCAGCCCAACCCAUGUCAGAACGGCGUGCAGUGUUUCAACCUGGCAUCAGACUACUUCUGCAAAUGUCCCGAUGACUACGAGGGUAAAAACUGCUCUCACCUGAAGGACCAUUGUCGAACCACGUCAUGCCAAGUGAUUGACAGUUGCACUGUUGCCAUGGUGUCCAACAGUACGCCGGAAGGGGUGCGAUUUAUCUCCUCAAACGUCUGUGGUCCUCACGGACGCUGCAGGAGUCAGGCCGGAGGCCAGUUUACAUGCGAGUGUCAGGAAGGAUUCAGAGGCACCUACUGCCAUGAGAAUAUAAACGACUGUGAGAGUAACCCAUGUCGCAAUGGCGGUACUUGCAUCGAUAAGGUGAACGUUUAUCAGUGCAUUUGUGCUGACGGCUGGGAAGGAGUUCACUGCGAAAUCAACAUAGAUGACUGCAGCUUGAACCCCUGCCUGAACAAGGGAGCAUGUCAAGACCUGGUGAACGAUUUCUACUGCGAAUGCAGAAAUGGCUGGAAGGGAAAAACAUGCCACUCCCGUGAUAGCCAAUGUGACGAAGCUACAUGCAACAAUGGUGGUACAUGCCAUGAUGAAGGGGACAUCUUCAAAUGCAGGUGCUCACCUGGCUGGGAAGGAGCCACGUGUAACAUAGCCAAGAACAGCAGCUGUCUGCCCAACCCAUGUGAGAACGGAGGCACCUGUGUGGUCAACGGCGACUCAUUCACCUGCGUCUGCAAGGAAGGCUGGGAAGGAUCCACCUGCACCGAGAAUACCAACGACUGCAACCCACACCCAUGCUACAACAGCGGGACUUGUGUGGAUGGUGAAAACUGGUACCGUUGUGAGUGCGCUCUGGGAUUCGCAGGGCCAGACUGCCGCAUAAAUAUAAACGAGUGUCAGUCUUCUCCAUGCGCAAUUGGCUCUACCUGCGUAGAUGAAAUCAAUGGUUAUCGCUGCCAAUGUCCACCCGGAAGAACAGGACUAGAGUGUCAAGAAGUCAUUGGGAGACCCUGUAUUGCUAACGGACAAGUAGCUGCUGAUGGUGCCAAAUGGGAGGAAGACUGCAACGUUUGCCAGUGUCAAAAUGGAAAGAUUUAUUGCACCAUGAUGUGGUGUGGACCAAAAUCAUGUCGGGCAGGAAAGGCCAGAAAUGGGUGUCCUGCUGGCCAAUCCUGUGUUCCCAUCAAGGAAGAGCACUGCUUUGUCAAACCCUGUCCUAGUCUUGGAGAAUGUUGGCCCCCUGCGCCCCCUUCACCCUCCAAAUGCCACGCCAGCUUCUCUUACCAGGACGACAGCUGUGCCAACAUCACGUUCACCUUUAACAAGGAGAACAUGCCUCAAGUGAGUCAUCCUUUCAGAGGAGAACGAUUGAAUUAUGAGCUUUUGAGCUGUUUUCCCCUUCUCCAAACGUCUCCUCCACCCUUUUCUAAUUCGGUGAGCGUAGUGGGGCAAUUGGGAUUGGGCCUAACUGUCUCACUGGUUCUUCUGUCCCCAGACUACUUGGUUCCUCUGCUCAGCUCCAUCUUCAUCGUGCUCUGGAUCCUCGCCCUGGCCUCGGCCUUCCUGUGGUGUAUUCACCGCCGGCGGAAACAGAACACCCACAGCAACACAACUACCUCAGCUACAGAGGACAAUACCACCAAUAACGUGCGUGAGCAGCUCAACCAAAUCAAAAACCCCAUCGAGAAACAUGCGACCCACGGCGUGGCCAUAAAAGACUACGAGGGGAAGAACACCAUCAUUGCCAAAAUUAGGACGCAUAACUCUGAGGUGGAGGAAGAGGAGAUGGACAAACACCUGCAGAAAGCGCGCUUCACCAAACAGCCGGCCUACACGCUGGUGGAGCGUGAGGAGCGUGCGCCCAACAAAAACCCAAACUGGACUAACAAACAGGACAACAGAGACUUGGAGACGGCACAGAGCUUAAACAGGAUGGAGUAUAUCGUAUAGCAGGCAGCUGUGUUGCCGUGCGACCGAACCCCUGUUGCACUUACCGGUCAUUUGGCAGGGUCUCGGGGGGGGUUGUGCUUCUUAAAACUGUUGCGUCGUGUUCUGGACUCCAAGGCUGUUAUUUGCCUAGAAUCCUGUUAAUUUAAGUUUUGACAAGCUGGCUUCACACUGGCAAUUGUAAUAGUUGCUGUGGACGGCUGGAAAACCCAAAUGCUGCAUUUCGCAUCCAGUGUUUUCCUUCGUAAAAGAAAAAAAAAAAAGUUUAAAAAAAAAGUACACAUUUCAAAUGUCUUUAUUUUUGUGGAUACGUUUGAGUAUCUCUGAAAAUUUUGCAUAGUGUUUGCAAAUAGUUUUAAGUGUUAUUUUCGUUCAUAAUGACAAUGCUCUCACAGCUAAAGUAGUUGUUUCUUCCUUAUCCAGCAGCUGUGUGGAAACUCUCUCUUGUUGGUUUUACUUCUAGUUCUGAAUUGAAACUGCCUUCACAGCUACGCACCACAGCAAUUGUCGGAAAUGAGUAUGAAAAAAGAAAAAAAUAUAUUUAUUAUUUUUCUUUUCUUGGGGUGGGAUAGGUCGAUCAGCUUUCUGCUGCCAAUAUGAAGAAUUGUGUCAAUUUAGUGUAGAUAUGUAUAUUUUUUUUAAUUAAUCACUGUGUAUAUUUGAUUUAUUAACUUAAUAAUCAAGAGCCUUAAAAUAUCAUUCAUUUUUAUUUAUAUGUCCUGUCUAGUUUUGAAGGUUUUGAUAGCUUUGUUCAGACGACAUUUGUUUCAUGUUUCACACACCAAAAUUUCAAAGAGAAAAAGCAGUCUAUUUUUUAAAAAAAAAACAAGAUGGGCAUUUGUGUGCCUAAGAUUUUUUUCUUUCUUUCUUUUUAUACAUUGUCAGAUAUUUCAAUAUUUGAAACUUCUAAUGCAUGUAUUUUGGCAACUCUUACCUGCUCAAUGCAGGUAAUGUCAACAUCAUGGCUGCUUUUUGUUUUGAUACCUGGUGGCAGACACAUUGCUUGCCAUGGAUGAAAAAGAAAAAAAUAAAUCAUUAAAAAACCUAAAAUAAAAGGGAACACGAGUCUUUUAGUUGAUUGUUGGUAAACCUGAUUCACACAAAUCAUUUCUCUUCAGCUUCGGUUUGCAGUAUGUCAUAAGCUAGGCUGUGAAUACUUGAACAGUAGGGGGCCAACGGAAACACUGUAGAUGACUGCCUUACUUUCAGGAGUCCAUUUCUAUUGCUGUGCACAUGUAGUGUUCUUUUAGUUUCUCUUUUAUAUCGAGGCUCUCUAAAACACCAAACCGACAUGCUUAUCACAUUUGUAAAUUCUAUGAGAUCAUGGCAAUAUUCAAUGUUCAUAUUUGACCUUAUUGUAAAUUAGUUUUUUAGUUUGUUCCUGGCGAUAUUUUUUGAAUGUUAUAUUUAUUAAACAUUUUGUAUAAAAGGAAAAUUAAA